UGCGCGUGCGCUCCGUCACACCAUCAGGAGAUGGUCCGUACCCAGGAACAGGAAUUCCGCACCCUUCCACAAGACACUGGAAUGCCUUCUGGAGGGGUGAUUGUCUGCAUUAUCUUUGGUGUCUUACUGUUCAUUGGUCUGGUUGCAGGACUCAUCAUUUACCGGCGAAGGCAAGCACAUCAUCAUCGAGCACGGCCAUGCCAAAAACACUCUGGCUACAACCGAGAUGAGAUCUGGUUGAAACCAUAUGUAGACCUCCAACCCUACGAGGAUCCCAGCAGGGGAGUCCUGGAGUUCACAAAAGAGCUGGACCCAUCCCUUGUCAACAUUGAGAAUGUUAUUGGUGAAGGAGAGUUCGGUGAGGUCUAUCGUGGGACUCUGUGCUUCCCAGGGAAGGAGCGUAUCGUUGUAGCCAUCAAGACCUUGAAGUCAAGUUACUCAGAUUCCACAUGGUGGAACUUUCUCCGUGAGGCAACAAUCAUGGGCCAGUUUAAUCACCAAAAUAUUGUCCGCUUGGAGGGAGUUGUCACAAAACGAAGCCCAAUGAUGAUCAUCACAGAAUACAUGGAUAAUGGGGCCCUUGAUACAUUCUUACGGGAGAACAUGGACAAGUUCAGUGCUGUGCAGCUGGUGACAAUGCUGCAGGGUAUUGCCUCAGGGAUGACCUACUUGUCAGACCGCAACUAUGUACACCGGGACUUGGCUGCUCGCAACAUCCUGGUAUCUCAUUGCCUUCUGUGCAAAGUGUCAGAUUUUGGCCUUUCUAGGAUAUUGGAAAAUGACGUCGAAGGGACUUAUGAAACAAAGGGUGGCAAGAUCCCCAUCCGCUGGACAGCUCCUGAAGCCAUUGCCCAUCGGAUCUUCACCUCUGCCAGUGAUGUCUGGAGUUUUGGCAUUGUUAUGUGGGAGGUGUUGUCUUAUGGUGACAAGCCAUAUGGGGAUAUGACCAAUCAGGAGGUAAUGAAGAGCAUAGAAGAUGGGUACCGGCUUCCCCCACCUGUUGACUGCCCAUCAGUCCUCUACGAGCUCAUGAAAGUAUGUUGGUCUUAUGAUCGGACACGGAGGCCCCGCUUCCGAGAAAUCCAUGCUCAGCUGGACCAUUUCAUCUCCAGCCCUCAUUUACUUCGAACUGUGGCCGACUUCGAUCCCAGGGUAACUCUCCGCCUGCCCAGCUGCAGUGGGUCUGAUGGGAUUCCUUAUCGGUCCAUCCCAGAGUGGUUGGAAUCCAUCCGCAUGAAACGCUACAUCCUCAACUUCCGCACUGCUGGCCUCAACACCAUGGAGUCUGUGCUGGAACUUUCUGCUGAGGACUUGAAGCAAAUGGGAGUGACUCUUCCUGGCCAUCAGAAGCGUAUUCUGUGCAGCAUCCAAGGGUUCAAGGAGUGAGGAGCUCCAUACCACUAAACUAUCACUGGACGUGACCCUGCUGUGCAUGAUUUGGCACUGGGCCCAGCAACACAGGGAGAGGGAUAUGGAGGCUGAUGGAACCAACCUUGCACCAGCAUCACAGCCAUCCUUCAUGCUGAAAGCACCAGCCUAGACUUCCAAACAUCAGUCGCUGGCACUGCAAUCUGCAGAACUGAUGGAGUCCCCGUGUCCCUGGUGUGCAGGCUGGGGUUUGAACUAGAUAGGGCAGAAGCAACUUUCCAAGAGUUUCCAAGAACUUUCCAAGAGUUGCCCUGCAUGUCAAGAGUGCAGCAUAUGCUUAGAAAGCAGAGAGUGCUUCACCAUCACCCACCCAUAGUCUCCUGCCUGCCUCCCAGCCAGUGCCAGUUCAUUUCUGUUUCCUCAGUUGCUGGAGCUACUUGGACUCUCUCAUUUCAUAACUACUAAGACAGUAGUACAGGUUUAUUAUAAUUUUAAGCAGCAGUUGAAGCCAGUCUGCCAGUAAAGCCAUAUCUAGCCAUAAAGGAGGGCAAACAAUGCAGAAACUGAGCUGGGAGAACUGAGGGGGCUUUCCAUUAUUGUUUGCACAGUUGAGGAGGAGAUAAAGCCAUACCUGCCUUUAUCACUUAGCAGGUUAGCUCACCUCAAGCUUUUAGCCCUUUGUUUGUUUCUCUCUCCUGGGGUUUGGUUUGGUCCAAAGGCUGGGAACAGCUUGUUUACAGCAGAGCGUCACUUGCUCCUGAGAGUUUUGUCUCCUCAAGUUGAGGACCUGUCUAUAUAUUUAAAAAAUUGGGGGGGAGGGGGAGAACCAAGGUCUGGAAUUACCAUCUGUUGUAUGUAUCAUUUUGUAAAUAAAUGCACCAUACAUAUA